UCAAUAUUCAAAACAAAACAAGAUUUCUAAAUUUUCAGUGAAACAAAAAUCAAGUUAAAUAUGGAUUUAAAAAUAUACUUUUAACUUGGUUUGAUUUUUCAACAAUUUUACAACAUUCUACACAAAUUCUACAGGCAGAAUGUCUACUACAUCAACUACUAAUGGUAGACACAGAAAAAGAAGGCUCAGACGGAGACUAGAUGAUGGAGUAGCACAAGAAACAGAAAACAGCAGUUGGUCUAACAAUAAAUUGAAACAAGAACUAUCGUCUUUUAUAGCUGAGUUUUCUUAUUUAACUGAUCCAUCUAAAAAGUCUCAAACUAAAGAACUUUUGAUAAAGAACCGAUCAGAAACUACUCCUCAACAAAAUAUUCAAAUCUUUGCUGCUAGAGAGCAAAUGAAUUCACCAUUUGAUGAUCCAGAGUUGAGAAGAAGAGGUGUGGAGUGGGAAGAUCAACACAGGGAAACACCAGUGUACAGUGCUCAGGGUUCAGAUUGCAAAGUGCCAAAAAGAGAUAAAGGAUUCAGACGAGCAAUAGUUCGACGACCUAGAUUGAGAAUAAGAAGAAGCCGCUCUACAAGACAAAGUACUUCAAGGGAUCUCGGUUGUCCAAACCAAGCAAGAUCAGUCAGAAAAGUUCGUCGACGUUUUUCAGGUUUUCGUGCAUCAAAAAGUAGGAGUAGAAGAAUUAGGGCUAGGAGCUGUAGAUCAGAGACUCCCAUAAGAAGGCGUGUUAGGAGCCACUUCAGGAGACGAAGUAGAUCACCAUCUUUUGUGAGAUCUGCUGUUAAAGAUAUGCCAUUUCGCUCCAGAGAGAGAAGGAUAAGAGAAAUUGUUGAUAAAAAAAGUAAACCAAAACUUUUGUAUAAAAGCAUUGAACCGUGUUCUGAGCCAACUCUUGUUACUUUAUUCCCAAGGACUAUAAAACGUAAGCCUCUGAGGUUUCAAAGUAGGGAGUUGGAACUUCCCUGUAGAUGUGAUAUGUGUACAAAUAAAUAUGAAUCUCUUGCUAGACUGCACCAUGGACGAUUCAACCCCUGCAAUCUUCCUCAUGCUCCUUUUUCACGUCAAUGCGGACCUUGUCCACCUAAAUGCCAAAUUGUCCCUAGAGAUCAAAGUGCUUGUACUCCAAAAUGGCAUUGCAACACAGGAAAAGGAAAACCGAAAUUUAAUAUUUUGGUAUUGAAUUAAUGAUGGACCAUUUUUUGAUUGCAUGUAACUACAGCGGGCAAUCAUCCUUGGGCCAACCACUGUUGCAGAAAUGAUGUUUACCAACCGAUCGCAAGCAGAUGUGUCAAGAGUGUCUGUUUCAAGUUUGGAGCCACAAACCAAUGCCUUGAUUCAAACAUAACACAUUAUUUUCACUCCAUCCUUGACAAAAGGCUUUGCUGUUAAAUUAUUCUUAUAUUUAAAUUGAGUUUUCUUGUUAUUGUUGUGUGCAAUAAUAAAAAUUAAAAUCGUUG